UGUCGAUUUCAUUUUAAAAACUGAGUUUUUGAUUAGGAUGAUUUGAUAAAAAGAAGCAGGUCAGAGAGAAAGUCAGUUGAGAAGAUUUGCAGAAGGUGAAACAGAGAAAAGCAAACAUUCUUGGCAAGGCUAGCAGAAGAUGGCCUCUGUACAGGCGAUAAGAAUCCAAGUGCCGAUUGGAAUUCCAACAUCCGAUGGCGGACUCGAGAUCCCAAACAGGAUUUUCCUCGGAGGUAUUCCUCCAGAUACCACUGAGCUGGAGUUGGAAGUGUUCUUUUCUGAUUUCGGAACGGUGAAAGAUGUAAGAAUUGUGACAGAUCGCAAAACAGGCGAAUGCAAAGGGUACGGAUUUGUCACGUUUGAAACGCCAGAAGACAUUUCUAACCUACUUAAAAAGAAAUCGAUAAUCAUGAAAGGGAAGCGGCUAAGAAUUAGAAAGGCUGUUCGACGAAACGGAAGUCAGUUUCAAGCAUCUCCCACUGGAUCAAAUACAGCUGAACCACCCCUAUCUCCAGUGAAACCAAAUGCCAUAAUUCCACAGAAAAGCCCUCCUGUGGAACCUUAUGUGCUGGUACCUGUUUCUGUCGAGCCCAGUCAGUGUAUGUCAUGCAAUCUUAUGGCAUAUCCCCCAGCACAAAAUGUCUGUCAACCCGUUUGCUACAUGAAUCCAGGCCUUGUUCCUGUUCAACAGUACAACUGGCCCAUUUAUCAGAGAUGAUUUAUUGAUUUGGAGAUAUGAUUGAUAUUUUUACAAAGAAUCAUUUUAAGCUGAUUUCAAAUGGACUAUAUAAAUGUAGCAUAAUUGUUUAUCCUGCCUCCCGGUAGCACUUGUCAGCUGUAGAUGCUAAUGUACAUUACAAACAUGUAGAAGCUUCUAAAGCUAGAUCAAUAUUUUAUAGAAUUAGGUCAUAUGGCCUUUUAUUGUAUCUAAUACAUUCAGAAACUAUUAGAUUAGUAUUCAUCUCCAAAUUCUCUAUUUG